AUGGCCCAUGCAGGCUCCAACAGAGGUUCACGAUCUUCUUCCUCCAAAAUUUUCCAGAGAUAUCUCCAAAUGGCUGAGUCUGCAAGCAACACUGCUUCAAAGAAGCUGAUCCAAAUCGAUGUUAGCUCGGACACAGUGUGUCCAUGGUGCUUUGUAGGGAAGAAGAAUCUUGAUAAAGCCAUUGAUGCAUCUAAAGAUCAAUACAACUUUGAGAUUCGUUGGCAUCCAUUUUUUCUUGAUGCAUCUGCACCUAAAGAAGGUGUGAACAAGAAAGAGUUUUACCAACAGAAAUUUGGAAGCAGAUGUGAAGGAAUGUUCACCAGAAUGUCUGAGAUCUUCAAAGGUAUUGGCUUAGAGUAUGACACAACCGGUCUCACAGGCAACACUCUCGAUAGUCAUAGACUUAUACAUUAUACCGGAGAACAAGCGCCGGAUAAACAACAUAGCCUUGUUGAAGAGUUGUGUCUUGGUUACUUCACGCAGGGAAAAUUCAUCGGUGACAGGGAGUUUUUGGUUGAGACGGCGAAGAAGCUUGGCAUAGAAGGAGCAGAAGAGUUUCUCUCAGAGCCAAACAAUGGAGUCACAGAGGUGCAAGAAGAGUUGGAGAAGUAUUCAAGAAAUAUUACUGGAGUCCCACAUUACACUAUCAAUGGGAAGGUGAAACUGAGCGGUGCACAGCCGCCUGAGACGUUCCAGAAAGCGUUUGAAGCGCUUAAACACACAAUACAGUGA